GAAUGAGAAACCAACUUCAGCUUCAUCUAAAUGUUUUACGCAAGCAGCAGCACGAGGGUCUGUUAUGUAGCCCAUUGUUUCACAAUGACUUCUCCUUAUUUCACGCAGAGGACUGUUAUCACUCGGAGUGGGAACCAAAAUGCCGGCUGCACUCCUUUGGCCUCCCUCGGGUCCAAACUUACCGACAGACGGCCGAAUGUGGGACGGGUCUCCUCUGCGGCGGUGAAAGAGGAGGAGGAGGAGGCGAAGGUCUCCGAGCCAAGACCCUCCUCGGUCAACUUAUCAGAGGGUGGUUGCCCUGAACCCCUCCGCCACAGCACAGCUCAUCCAAAAACAGAAACAGACACUGUACCGCUGUCUUCGCACGGCCGCAGGAGGAGACAGCUGAAGGUGGAAUAUGAUGAGACUGACGGUGUUACACCGGUGAAGACAGAGCACUGGGAACCUCCUGACUGGAAGAAACAAUUAGGGUACAUCCGUGAGAUGAGAAGUGGCCGUGAUGCACCUGUAGACAACAUGGGAGCGGAGAAAUGCUACGACACCGGGGCCCCUGCACAUGUGAGACGUUUCCAGGUGUUGGUCUCACUCAUGCUGUCUAGUCAAACCAAGGACCAGGUGACAGCAGCCGCUAUGCAAAAGCUCCGAGCUCACGGAUGCACUGUAGAGAAUAUACUCGCUACUGAUGAUGACACACUGGGAAAGCUCAUCCACCCUGUCGGCUUCUGGAGGACUAAGGUGAAGUAUCUGAAGCUGACAUCGGCCAUGCUGCAGAAGGAGUUUGGCGGGGACAUCCCAGACAGCGUGGAGGGGCUGGUCAGCCUGCCUGGAGUCGGACCUAAGAUGGCUCACCUGGCAAUGGACAUCGCCUGGGACCAGGUGUCUGGCAUUGGCGUGGACACACAUGUGCAUCGUAUCUCCAAUAGGCUGGGCUGGCUCAAGAAACCAACAAAGAACCCAGAGGAGACACGUAAAGCCCUGGAGCAAUGGUUACCCAGGGAGCUGUGGAGUGAGAUCAACUGGCUGCUCGUGGGUUUCGGACAGCAGGUUUGCCUCCCCAUCAACCCACUUUGCUCUGUGUGUCUGAACCAGCACAGCUGUCCCUCUGCCCACAAGAACUCUCCUGCAAAGAGGCCUAAAGCUGGAUCUCCACGAUCUCCAAGUCCAACGUCUCCUUUUAAAACAAAAACUGAACCUGAGCAGGAUUCCACUGUUUACAACAGGAGGACAAAGAAGGAGCCACUGUCCACACCUAUUUCCCCCACCAUCCAGAGGAGGAGGCAGAAAAGUAAAGUUAAUCAUUGAUUUAGUUGUCACAUCAGUUUUGUCAGAGCUGUGACCAAAUGUUGGAAAAGACUCAAACAUACAAACGCACACACACUUAAAACAUGCAUCCAAGUUAGACAUUAAUGUGAAUAUGUAGUUCAGGAUAUCUGUAUAUUGAUUGUUGAGUUUCAUUUGACACUAUAAGUACACCUUUUACACUUUAUAUAAGAUGAAAUAUUUUUAUACCCUGUAAAUUCUUUAUUACCAAAUAAAAGGAAUGUCUGAGA